AUGGCAGACACGGAAUUAAAAAGCUUCACAUCAAUCAUGGACGCCUUGCUUCGUAUCACCUCUAACAUGAAGAGCAUGGAGAAGGAGCUGCGAUGCCCCGUGUGCAACGACAUGGUGAAACAGCCUAUCCUUCUGCCAUGCCAGCACAGUGUUUGCUUGCUCUGUGCGGCUGACGUGUUGGUACAGAGAGGCUUCCCUCUUCCUGACCUCCCCCCAGAGCCCCGGUCGCCAGCAUCCACACCCAACACUCGCUCCCCUCGGCAGCCUCGCAGACCCACACCCAAGACUCCAGACCACCUGGAUCGUGUUCUCAGAACUGCAUGCAGCACAUACCCUGGGCGGCGGCGUAAGGAGACAGUCCCUCCUCCCAUGCCGUUCCCGUGUCCUUCCUGUCAGAAAGAUGUGGAGCUUGGCGAGAAAGGCCUGACUGACUGUCCCCGCAACCUCACUCUGGAACGCAUCGUGGAACGAUAUAGGCUCACAUUGAGUCUGGGGAGCAUUGCCAUCAUGUGCGCUUUCUGCAAGCCUCCAAAUUCUCUGGAGGCCACCAAAGGCUGCGCUGACUGUAAAGCCAACUUCUGCAAUGAAUGUUUCAAACUUUACCACCCCUGGGGGACCCCCCGAGCUCAGCAUGAGCACAUCCUCCCCACCAACAACUUUCGCCCAAAGGUUCUGACGUGCACAGACCAUGAGCAGGAACGUCUGCAGUGGUACUGCUGCACUUGCCGGAGGUUGCUGUGCCCCCUGUGUAAGCUACGUCGCGUCCAUCAGGGCCACAAAGUGUUGCCAGUGACUCAAGCCUACCAGGCCCUCAAGGAUCAACUGACCAAGGAGGUUAGCUACAUCCUGGCCAACCAGGAGACCGUACAGAGUCAGAUCACCCAGUUGGAGGAGGCCAUCAAGCAAAUGGAGGCCAACAGCACCGUAGCUCUCCACCAUCUUAGCCGGUGCAUGCAGGACCUUGCGGUGUCCAUAGCUGAGCGUCAGGGGGUUUUGUCCGUGGCUCUGGAGGGCUCGCGAGGCCGCAGGGAGGAGGCGCUGUCUGCCCAGUUGUCAGCCAGACGUGACAUGCUGGAGCAAGCUGGCAUGUUGGCCUAUACUCACGAGUUACUCAAGGAGACAGACCAGCCCUGUUUUGUACAGGCAGCCAGGGUCACUCACAACAGGCUAGUGAAGGCCAUCACAAACUUGCAGUGCUUCUCCCUGUCAGCUGAUCCCUCGUUCAGACACUUUCAUCUCGAUGCCACAAAAGAGAUCAAGCUCAUCGCCGGGGUGGAGUUCAUACAUGCCCCCCUGGCCCCAGUGAUCGACACCCAGAAGACGCUGGCGUAUGACCAGCUCUUUCUGUGCUGGCGCCUCCCUCAGGACUCGGCACCAGCUUGGCACUUCUCUGUUGAGUUCCAAAGGCGUAUGGGAGCAUCCGGAGACACGUGGGGUGGCACCCGAUCCCCCAACACCUCAACGUCGUGGCAGAGACUGGACGAAGUGCGUGGGACCAGUGCCAUUGUGGACCAGUUGGAGAUUGACAGCGUUUACGUGCUAAGAGUGCGAGGCUGUAACAAAGCCGGCUUUGGAGACUACAGUGAGGAGGUGUACCUCCACACUCCACCAGCUCCUGUGUUGUCUUUCUCCCUGGACUCUCGCUGGGGCUUGCAUUCUGACAGGCUGGCGCUGGGCAAGGGUCAGACAUACGCCCGCAGCGUGCCAGGCCUUUCCCUGCUUAAGGUCGCCGACCGUACGCUCACGUCAUGUAACCUGACGGCUGACCUACUGGUGGCGGAUCUGGCUGUCUCUCAGGGCAGGCACUACUGGGCUUGCUCAGUGGAGCCCGGUUCCUACCUCAUUAAGGUUGGAGUCGGACAGGAGAUGAAGCUUCAGGAGUGGUUCCAUCAGCCACAGGACAUGGCCAGUCCACGAUACGACCCGGACAGCGGUCAUGACAGCGAGGCAGAGGACAGCCAGGAUUUGCCUGCCUUCUACUUCCUCACCAUGGGCAUGGGCAAGAUCCUUCUUCCCCGAGGCCACACACAUACAAAUUCUAAGCCCGCCAAACCUUACACGAUACCUCUGCCACCCAGACUGGGCGUGUGCCUGGACUGCGACGAUGGCAGCGUGACAUUCUAUGAUGCCCAUUCCUUACGCGUGCUGUGGGAGGCCCAUGUAGACAGUUCGGCACCAAUGUGCCCCGCCUUUUGUUUUAUUGGCGGUGGUGCCUUGCAGCUGCAAGACCUAGUGGCCAGUCGCAGCAUCGAGGAGGAACCGCUACCGCGAAGGGUGACCAUCAAAAAUCACGCAACCAAUCUUGGUAAAUAA